GUGAGCUUCAUUUAGGAUCCAUAAAUAGCGCGAGCAAAAAGUCACAUACCGAUUUCUUGCCUUUGUCGAGGCCUACACAAAACUCCGCACUUUACUUGCUUUUGAUGCAGUGGCUUCACCGCAACCAUGGCGAAGCGGCGGCCUUGGUCAACAGCAUCGCCACUGAUGACCGCUUGGAUUCUGGAGAGGCACAGAUCUUCGAGCAAUUGGGCAUCAUCGGCGAUGCCGAUGCUGACACCUGCGCCAUUCGGCUUCAAAUCACACUAGCAAUGUGCAAUGCACCUGGUUUGGAGUGGCCUUGGGAAAACUGCAAAGAGGUGCAGGGCUACUUGAAGAAGCUUUCGCAUGUUUCAGCUCGCUGCCGCCUGUCUUUGGCAGAAGAAAUUCGAGUGCUUCGUAUUUGUUCUGAUGAGCGAAAGCGGCGAGAGUUGAUCCGUGCGGAGGUGAAGGCAAUGAAGAGGCAAUUCUGGGGCUACUAUGGCAAAGUGAAGCUUCAGCGGUACCACAAGAUACUUACAGAUGCCGUUGCAGCCCUGGAAGCAACUGCACAAGAUCAUCGUGAGCUCCAAGAAUGGCUGAAGCAAAUUCGGAAGAAGGUGCGAGCUGCGCAACUUCCUGGUGGCAGAGAAGAAAUAAAAGAGGUGUUGACCCAAGUGCUGGGUGGCUGGGAGAAGGAGGAUCCUAUGACCUCUUUGGUGCUUGAAAACAGGGAGAAAUACAUCGCCGCACUUCAGGACUCCACCCAGCGACCCUUUGCUGCUCCAUGUCCAGAAAGGCCCAAAGAGUCAAAGUGGCAAUGUCACUUGGACCAGAAUGUUUUGAUGUGCUCUUUGUUUGAUCUUCUUUUUGAAGUCCUGGGCGCAGAGCUACUCCUCCGUGAAGAUGUUGGUGAAGACUCCGAAGGGCCCGAAAUUCCUUUGAUGCGUCGCAUGUCGCUUCCAAUGGCCAUGGAACAUGCAAAGAAGAUGGUGAAUGGGGAGUGCCAGAUUUCAGACACUGGCACAUAUGCGUUGCUGUACUCUGUCUUCACUCGCAGUGUUGCUGUGAAACUUGGACGUUCCAAAGAAGUGAACUACCAGCAUCAGCACACUUUUGGAGAGCUCUUACUCCAACUGACCCCCGGAGCACGGAACCAUGGCAUCCUGAACUCAGUGCUGCACAUCCUUGCUUUGAAUCCGGAGACUUCGGCCGCGAUGCCUCAGCUCACCAAGCCUAAGAAAGUCCGCUUGGUCAAGCAAUGGAAGGCGAAAUUGAGCCAAAUACAGAAGAGUUUGCUGGAUGCUGCAUAUGGGUUGCAGCUGCAGUGGCCUCCACAUCCAAAGGACUUUGGUGAACUUCCGAUUCCAGUGCAUUGUGAAAUCGCCAAUAUCUACCUGGAACUUCCACCAAGUUCCAUCGGAGGUUUGAAUCCUCAGCGUUUGUUCAGCUUACCUGGGAGCAGGGCUGCUCUUGGGAGAAGGCCAGUCAACGUGGGAUUGGGCUGCAACUGGAGACCUUUGAGAAUGUCCAAACUUCACACGGUCAGUUCAGAAGACUUGGAUGCCUUUGUUUCAAGACCUUUGCGGGCCCUGGUCGAGAAGCAUAUUCAGUUUGACGACCCUGCAGAAGAGGCAGAUGCAAAGAUGCCCUUUAUUCUUGAUGCUCACCCAGCGAUGCAACAUGCUGUUGCCAAAGCGAUGAUGGGGCGGUUGGCAAAAGAGAUGCGCAACUAUGCAGCGAUGCACAACAAGCAGAAGCUUCCGAAGUUGAUUCACAUGGACAUUGACGGAAUUGUCGCUGGGAACAAAGAGUUAUUGGAGAAAGCCUUGGCACAGCUCCGCGAUCUUUUUGAAGGCCUUCAAGCAAUGAAGGUGCACGACGAGACUUUUGUCAGUGCCACCAUCGACCAUCUUCUCAAAGCUGUGGACGCCUGCAGCACAACAGAGGAAAUCAGGGAUCAUCCUGUUGAAAGGCUGCACUUUUGGCUCUUGAGAUAUGCUGGCCAUGAGACAGAGAUGUGGUUCCAACUGCUUUGCCGAACACUUCUCAGUCCGGACUGCAUCACGGACUUCAAGCGCUUUAAUCCUUUUCUCACCGAGGAGGACGUCCACGAGCUGCUGGCAGCCUUGUCGCAGAUGAUGCUGGCCACAUCAAGACGGCAGCAGGUUUGCAGGGCCAUGGACCACUGCCGAAACUUGCUGAAUUUACUGGAACGUGACAACGCUUCAAGCUCUGCAUUGGCCCUGAAAGCUGGACUUACUGAAAAGAGCUCUUUAUUGUCGAGCACAAUCGCUGCAGAACGCAUCUACAUCUCAGAUGUGAAUGGAGAGAGAGGCUUCGACCCACGGUUCCUUCUUUUCGAGUUCAUCUCUGGCUUUCUCCUGCGACCCAGACAGGUAGAAAUGGUUCGAGAGUUCCUUGACAUCAUCCACUCAGACAGCAGUGCUGUAAAGCAAAUGAUCAUGGGUCAGGGAAAGACCACUGUGGUUACGCCCCUUCUCUCCUUUGUACUCGCUGAUGCAAAGCGGCUGGUUGUGAUCGCCUGUUGCUCAGAGUUUGCAGCGUUCCACUUUGCGGCACAGUGCUCUGCUGUGGAGGUGGUGCCACACGCUCUACUUGAGUUCUCGAGAUCCGUACUCCAGGGUACUUUUGCAUCAGUGGUGCAGAAGCAGGUGUCGACCUUCAAAUGCGAUCGUGCUGUGGACAUCGACUUCAACUUUUCGCUUACCGUUGACUCAGUGCGACAGCAAGGCGAUCUCAUUGUGACAACACCUGGAGAUGUGAAGUCUCUUUUGCUGAGAUUCUUGGAGCAGCUUGAAGUAUCCAGCGACAGGAGAUCGAAGAAGAACACCCCACAGCUUCGCAGGGAGACUCUAGAGAUGGGCAAAGUGCUGCAGAUGUUGCGCAAGCAGAGUGUUUGCAUGCUUGACGAGGUUGACUUGAUCCUGCAUCCACUCAAGUCCGAGCUGAACUUUCCGACCGGACCAAAGAGUCUGAUCCAUCAUGCCCCGGAGCGAUGGCGCUUGCCACUUCAUGUACUUGACGGAUUCUUUGCUGCAGAAGAUGCUGCUCGAACGCCGGCGCAGCUCAAGGAAUCUCAUGCUGCACGGCAAAUUCUACAGACACUCUCUGAGGUCGUUCGCUGUGGGACGGAACGCAAGCAGUUGCAAAAGAAUCCCCACUUGGUUCUUCUUUCUGAUGACUUUUUCCAUAUUGAGAUGAAGCCAAUUUUGUGCCAAUGGAUGUGUCUGUGGUUGACCAUCGAGCAUGUCGGUCGCGUCUUCGAGGAGGGUUUCAGCCCUAGCGACCGUGGACUUUCAGAGGAAGAGAUCACUGCUUAUUUGAUGACACGCACCAAUCCUGUCGACGUCAAAAUGACUGGACGCUUGGAGGAAUGGAGCCAAUGGGCGUCCGAAACCAAGUGGCUGCAGGACUUGCUUGCGGCUGGAAGUGGGACUGCGGAAGGCGACUUUAAUCCACAUAUUGUUGCUGACAACCAGCGGGGCAUUGCUUUGCCAUCUGAGUACAAGGUGUCAUUUGUGAGUAGCAGCGACGGCAGCAAGACGCUGAGAUUCCGUGAGACGCCAGCGGCCCUGCAGAAGCGCCUGGAGCGUGUGGACAGGCUUCCGACCAAAGAUAUCCAGACACUCAACCUGGGUGGUGAAUGGCUUGCAACUUUCCUUCCACAUUGUCUGCAAAAGAUCGAUAGGGUCACGUUCGGCAUCAUGACUGAUGAGCAAGUCAGGCAUGCUUUGGCAGAGCAACCCCUGAUGCCACUUACCAGAUCCAAGCUGGCGAUUCCCUUUGUGGGCAAAGACGUUCCGUCGCAGAGCUCUGAGUUUGCCCAUCCUGACAUUGUGCUCGGCCUCACAUCCUUUGCCUACCGCUACGAAGGCUUGCGUCGGUCAGACUUUGACGAGGUGAUGUCAGCGCUGGCAGAUCGUUUGGAGAAUGAGGGUGGUGGCUCGCAACUAGAACGACCAACUGCUUUGCGCUGGAAGGCUUGGGUGGAGGAAGCUGGCGCUGUCUUUUGUGUAAAGCAGCGAGAAAUGGAUGAGAGGCAGGCUGCAGAGGAGACAGGCGAGGAUCCUCGUGCAGACAAGCGCCCCCGUGUCCUUCCCCUUCACUUGCUGGAGAAAACAAAUGCUCCACAGAUGCAGCGCCUUUUCGAGCUGUUUCGGAGGCUGCCCUCUGCCAUCCACUUCUACCUGGAGACCAACAUUUUCCCCAAUUUCAUGCGCUUUCAAGAGCAGAAGUUCUCUGCCUCUGGUCAAGAAAUGGGUGGUUCGAUCCUGUUCAAGCAAAGACUUGGCUUUUCCGGCACUCCCAGCGAACUGAUGCCACGAGAGCUCGGACAGUGUGAGUACGAACCUGGCAGCGAGGGUGAGGUGGUAAGCACCCUCACUUCGCCCUCCAUUGUGUCCUUUAAGACAUUGAGCUCUGACUGGACUGUGGAGGCGCUUUUGGAUGCUGUUGCGGAAGCAGCUUGUCGAGGGGAAUGCCAAGCGCUCAUAGACACAGGUGCUCUGGUGACAGGCUUGACCAACAAAGAGGUGGCAGAGCACCUCCUCGGCCUGAAGAAGCGUGCUGAUGGCACAAUGCCACUAACACUCCCUGACUGGAUCGAGGGUGUGGUGUUCAUAGAAGAAGAUGGUGCCAAGCGUAUUUUGAAUCGCCAGUCCCGAGAAGUGGGUAAACUCGCAGACAGCGGGGUGCCGAUCUCCGCCAGAUUCUGCUUCUACGAUCAGAUUCACACCACAGGAAUGGACAUACAGCAUCGUUUGGAUGCUGUCGCAGCCCUGACUCUGGGCAAAGACAUGGUGUGGCGUGACUUUGCUCAGGGCGCAUACAGGAUGCGUGGAAUUGGCCGUGGCCAGAGCAUUUGCCUAUAUAUCAUUCCGGAGAUCGAAGAACUGAUCUCUCGUGAUUUGGGACUUGCUCACCUGCCACAACUGCCACGCUUUUCCACACUUGGCGAUCGUCACAAGGGCGUUCUUGAUGCCGUGGCCUGUUGGUUGCUGUGCCAGUCCAUGAGAACAGAGAAAGUGCAAUAUGCCAUGCUACAGCUGCAAAAUUUGGCAAACAUUUGGAGAAGGAGCUCUUUGGCCGUGGUCAUGGAAGACUAUGAGGCAAUGGCUGGAAUGAAGCCAGAUACGCUUGCAAGGGUUCAAGUCUACAAAGAGCCCAUUGACUUCAAGGUGCCCUCGAAAGUUCCGCACAUGGAUACCAUCGGUGCUGCAGCUGAGCGAAGGAUUGCUGAUGCUGAACGCUUCGUUCGAGAUGACGACAGGCCAGAACUGGAAGAGAUCCGUGGAAACAUGCUGCGGCUUGCUGAGGCCGGUGGCGAAACUCAAGAAACUGAAGGAGAGCGCGGCUUGGAAACUGAGCAGCAGCGGGAACAGGAACAAGAGAGGCAGCAAGAGGCGUGAUGCCCAGUGCUCCAUUUUGCGCGUGGUGCCAACUGAUUGCGCGAUCCAAAGCUGAUGCUUUUGCAGGGACUGAGCACAUACCGCCAC